CUCCCCACCUUCCACUUUCCACCCCUCACAACACGUGUACGUCACUCUGAUUUCAUCCUCAGCAAAGCAACAACACUGAUGGUCGACAACACUCAUCGAGAAUUCAUACAGCCUCAUUGUCGACAAAACUGGCUUGAGAAAACCAACUGCCAAGCAUUCUGUCCAGAAAUGUCACAAUCCCUAGGUCUGUCCACGUAAGGACUGAUCAUUGCAUGCCACAUCCUUCCCUCACAUCGCUUGCUGGCAUCCUCGCUACCGUGACUGCUCUUCUAACACCACUAUACUACGAAAACAUCCUUAGUAUCUUCCACCCUCAACAAUUGGCUCCCCUAACAACCAAUACGCCCACAGACAUGGCCUGGCGCUGUUCAGGUCGGUCCAACGCUGAACUCAUCAGUAAUUUAUUCUCCGCCGGCCUCAUCACAGCACCCCGCGUCCGCGAUGCCAUGUCCUCCGUCGACCGCGCCCAUUACUGUCCCUCCUCUCCCCUUGCAGCAUACGAAGAUUCACCUCAAUCCAUUGGCUUCAACGCCACCAUCUCAGCCCCUCACAUGCACGCCGCAGCAUGUGAAAGCCUACUGAACUAUAUGCCUGAAAGCCAAGGUGCAAAGGUCCUCGACAUUGGUAGCGGCAGUGGAUAUCUGACACAUGUAUUGGCCAAUAUCGUGACUGGUGCCGAUGGUAAAGGAGAUGGCAAGGUUGUGGGGAUUGACCAUAUUCAAGGUUUGGUAGAUUUGGCGAGACAGAAUAUGCAACGGAGUGAGGAGGGUCGAAGAUUGUUGGAGUCUGGAAAGGUUGAGUUGAUUAAAGGUGAUGGUCGCAAAGGGUAUAAAGAGGGGGGCCCAUAUGAUGCUAUACAUGUUGGUGCGGCGGCAAAGGAACUUCAUCAGGAUUUGAUCGAUCAGUUGAAGAGCCCCGGGCGAAUGUUUAUACCUGUUGAGGAUCAGGAUGGAUGGGGAAGUCAGUGGAUUUGGGUGGUGGAUAAAGAUGAAUCCGGAAAGGUGACGAGGAAGAAGGAUAUGGGGGUUAGAUAUGUGCCGUUGACGGAUGCACCAAAGUCAUGAAGCUCGAGGGUUGGGCAUUGACAUAUGAGUGCGGUGUGUAUCAAAUCGACACUGGCCAAGGUGAGAAUUUUGAUGAGAACACAUAGCGUUGCAGAAGGAGGAUCGGGACGACGAACCCUUCUCUGAUGGUCACUGUUUGGACAAAACCAAAUGGUCCUUGACUCAGACCUCAACUCUUAUCCUGGACACCUGAUCUAGGUAUUCCACGAUUCUGCCUUGAUCAGGCAUCGCUCAAGCACAGAUCGGACUAAGUACAUAACCUACAACAUGAAUGACCAUAAAUUCAAAACAAG